UGGGGCUUAGCAGGGACACUGAUCCAGCUAAGAGGCAGCUCUGUCUGGGAAGAUACUCACUCCCCAUUUCUCUGCUAUCCUGCUUGCUUCUGACUCCUCCCUCCUGCAGCUCAGAUCAGCACAGGGUGAAUCCAACAGACUCCCAUUUCUACUGUGUUUCUCCCUGAGCGAACAUACCUGGUACUCUGCCUUCGUUUCAGCUGAACUCGUGAGUAAGGCACAUUGCCUGAUAUAUGUCAAAAGUGAAUGGCUUGCUAUUACCUGAAGAGACUGAAUUAAUUAUCUUCCAGUACUGAAAGGGUUAUGAAGAACUGUAUUUUUUCCAGCACCUUUGGUACUUCUUUGUUGCCAGAUUUUUCAAGAGCAUGAGUUAUUCUGGUUAUCAAGGGAGCUUAAACUGGAAUAUUUCUUCACUGGAUGCUACAAAAAAAGAAAGGAAAACAAACUUACGAUGUGGAGCUAACAGUUAUGGUUUCAGCUUGUGAAAACUUGCAGAGUCAGUGAGAAGGCGAGGAACAGCAUUUGCCAAGGACAAUGUCGGUAAUGCCUAGUAAUUUGUCACUCAAUGGGACAAGCUUCCUCGCUGAAAAUCAUAGCAUUAUGGAUAAACCUAAUGAGCGGAGAACUUUGAAUGUCUUUCUAUUUUGCUUGACUUUUAUCAUUGCAUUCACAGUGCUUCUGGGCAGCAUUUAUUCACUGGUUUCCCUGCUGAGAAUGCAGAAUAAAUCCACAAUUUCAAUGAUUGUGACCUCUUUGUCAAUAGAUGAUUUGAUCAGCAUUGUGCCAGUGAUUAUUUUUAUGCUCACGCAGUGGUCAAGUGAUGCCCUUCCUCAGCCUCUGUGCACCACCUCAGCACUUAUAUAUUUAUUCCAGGGCAUUUCUAGCAAUCUGAAAGGGUCUCUUAUAGUUUCCUACAACUUCUAUAGCAUCAACAAAACUGAGACAAUGAACUACAGUGCUUUCAAACGACGAGUGAGCAUGGUAUGGGCAAUUGUUAGCAUUUGGAUCGUCAGUUUGCUGAUCUGCAUUUUGCCUCUCUGUGGCUGGGGCAAAUACAUCCCCACCUCCUGGGGUUGCUUCACAGACCAUGCAAGUUCCUACAUCUUGUUCUUAUUUAUUGUCUACUCACUGUGCUUUUGCCUCCUCACAGUGCUGUCUGUCCCUCUGACUUACCAGCUGUUGUGCUCAGAUGAGCAACAGCUAUUACACGUCGAUUACCAGGAAAUCUCUCGAGGCUACAUCACCCCUGGGACACCUGCAGGCUGCAGUACUGCCACCCCAUGUCUGUCACCUGUGGACCCUGUGGAUAAAACCCUGAAGCAUUUCCAAAAUGCAUGUCUAAGCUCAAAGGCAGGUUUUAGGAAAGGUGUGGCUGAGAGCAGUGGACUCGAGCCCCGAUGUAUGAACAAUGCAAAGAGCAGGAGCUUCACAGUGGGCUUUGCCCAGAAACGAUUCUCACUGAUUCUGGCAUUGACAAAAGUCAUUCUCUGGCUUCCAAUGAUGAUACAAAUGGUUGUCCAGCACAUCACUGGCUAUCAAAGCCUUUCAUUUGAGACACUUAGCUUCCUGCUGACAUUGCUAGCUGCCACCGUCACCCCAGUUUUUGUCCUGUCAGAGCACUGGAUCCACCUGCCCUGUGGCUGCAUCAUAAACUGCCGGAGGAAUUCAUAUGCUGUGUCUUCAGAGGAACUCAAAACCAAGCACAGAGGCUUCGAAUUCAACCUUUCUUUCCAGCACGGUUAUGGAAUCUACCGAAUAUCCCCCGAGAGCCACCACCACGAUGGCGAUGGUAAAUCCACGUCGUGCCACAACCUGCUGGUUUGCGAGAAACCCUGCGAGCCGCCGAGGGGAGGUGGCGGCGCCGCGGCGCGGGCGGAACUCAGCACCGCGGACAGCGCCCGGCCAGGCCCGGCGGGGUUCAGCACCACGGACAGCGCCCAGCCCGGCACCGCUGGGGUGCGCGGGGAGGCGGCUCCGGGCCUCGGCAGGAGCGUGGAGGGACCCGAGAGGAGACUGUCACACGAAGAGGGUCAUAAACCAGAGCUCACAGACUGGGAGUGGUGCAGGAGUAAAUCGGAGAGGACCCCUCGACAGCGGUCUGGUGGGGCCUUAGCUAUUCCUCUGUGUGCGUUUCAAGGAACUGUGUCUCUUCAGGCACCCACAGGAAAAACUCUCUCUUUGUCUACAUACGAGGUAAGCACUGAAGGACAGAAAAUAACACCCACGUCAAAGAAGAUCGAAGUUUAUCGAUCCAAAAGUGUUGGUCACGACCCCAACCCAGAGGAGUGUCCUAAUACAUUUGCUGACACCAGUGUUAAAAUUCAUUUAGAGGUUCUUGAAAUUUGUGACAAUGAAGAGGCUCUGGAUACUGUUUCCAUCAUCAGUAAUAUCAGCCAGUCCUCUACACAGGUAAGGUCUCCGUCCUUGCGCUACUCACGGAAGGAGAACAGAUUUGUCUCAUGUGAUUUAGGGGAAACUGCUUCCUACUCGCUCUUCAUUCCAUCCAACAAUCCUGACAGCGAUAUUAACAUCACAAUUCCAGACACUGUGGAAGCUCACCGGCAGAACAGUAAAAAGCAGCACCUGGAAAGAGGUGGUUAUCAGGAAGAAAUACAGAUGUUGAACAAAGCAUAUAGAAAGCGGGAAGAAGAUGGCAGCAGCAAUUAAAAGACAUUUAAUUUAAACAUUUAAACUGACUCAGUGGACGUUGCUCCCCUUGACUCAAGUUACCCUAACAAACACAGUGCCAGCUGGUUUGGUUUGUUUGGUUUUUUUUUCUCCUAGCACAUAAAUGAUUUUUAUUUGGAUACACUGUUACAUAGUUAACACACAUGGGAAAACAAAUGCUUCAGUGCUUCGCAGCUUUGAGUAAUGAAAUUCAAGUUUUUAUGUAUCUCUUUAUUUGAGGACAACUUGCAUCUGAAAGGAACCCUAAACAAAGUCCUAAAAGCCACCCUUGCUUGCUUGUUGGCAUUGGGUGGUCUAUGGGAGGCCAGAAAAUGGGAGAACAAGUCCACACCCAUGAAGAUGUUAGGGGUUUCAAUGACUGUUGCAAUUCCUCUGCUGAUGUGGCAGACUUGAAACCUUUACUGAAAAUUUGUAGCACAAGCCUAAGACUAAGCCAUUUGGUUUGGGAUUAUAUGUUACCUACAUGGUUUAAUUUUCUACUGCUCUGUACGUGACUGAUAUGUAAUGUCUCUGUGUCUGUUGUAUUGACCGUUGAAUGUGGGUGGCUGACAUGUAAGCAUGCACAGUUUGUAAGUCCAACAUUGUGAAAAUGUGCUCUCAUGGCUUGACAUUUCUUUCAUCGAGUGUGUCAAAUGUUGGUUGAAUUUAUGCUGGUUACUAUAAAGUGUGCCGUUUUCUGCCUCCUAGAUCUCUAAGGAGAGGGGACAAGGCUGUUCUAGGAGGCCAAACGUAGAGACCCAGCUUAGCUGUUGACCUCAGCUUGAGGCUGAUUGCCCAGAUCAGCUUCCUGCCCUGGAGCACCCUCUGGAGGAGCCUAUCCUUAUGCUGCCUUACAGGAAACCUAGAGCCAAGUCUGAAAUCAAGCUGAAACCCAUGAAUGGACUGUUUGUCCAUUUGAUUCCAACAAACCAAGGCUAAAGCAGUGAAUGAAGUCCUCAAGUCUAAUGCUUUUUGUCUGAGAGCUCGUCUUCUGAGAUUUUGUCAUUCAUUUCAUCUAGACAGAAGUAGAUUUCAGCAGGACUUUCAGAGGUUUGACUAAAAGUUACACCAUUUCUUCAGUUAAUAGAUCUAAUUUUCUGUGAGUGACAACAUAAUAAUUUAGGUGUCUGCGGUCACCUUCUUAUCCUUUCAGUGGGAACAUGCAUGGGAAAGUAAGCACAGCCCUAUUUAGGAUUCCUUUAUGGAUUCUGAACAAGUAGAGCAGAAGGGCCAACUAGCUCAGGCUGUGUUGAGUAUGGAGGCAUGGAAAGAACAGGUGAUUUACCUUCUCACUUCACCAACAUAAAUCAGGCCUGCCACCGCGUUCAGAGGGGCUGUGCUGGUGUGACAGUGAUGUAGAGCUGAGGAGAAUCGGGGUCAGAGACUGCAGGCCACUGUGAUGGAGAUGGAUCGCUCUGUGCAAGAUGUACUUUUCACAUUCUGCUCUUCCAAGGUGAAAACAAAGGUUCUCAUAGGAUUGCCUCAAGGCUCUUUGUACCCCUGCAAUGCUGUGUUACAUUUCAGAUUUAACAAGAAACUACAGUAGAUGGCGCAAUCAUUGGUAAGUCUAUUGAACAGGUAAUAUCUUUGUGCAUGCAGCAGGGGGACACGUUCUGCUGUCUCUUAAUGUAUUGCUUUGCUUUGUGUUUGUAGGAUGAGCUCAGAAAGCUGCUUUAUAGCAACAGAUAUUCUCAGUCCAGAAAAAGGCUGUGAGGGAGGAUGCAGUGCAUCACUGCCCCAGUUUGGUCAUGUUCUCUGAUGGGUGCAUUUAGACUGUGUUCAGGUUUGGAGGCAUUAAAAUUCUGACCCUGAGCUUGACCUAACUGUAGAAUGUUGUCUUGCUGGUGUAAUAAAAAUACAUUUUCUUUAAUGAA